UAGAAAAUGUUGCAGUGAAGACUCUGAAAUGAGAUGAAAUCACAGCACCAGCCUGUCUUUUGUGGACCUGCACAAUGAUCCCCGAGCCAGACUGGAUUAGGAAACCUCGCGACUAGGGGUUGAGAGAGAGAGAGGCUUCCGGUUCCCAGGCACUUUCAGGGAGAGAAGGCUGGAACGAUGCAUCAGAUUUACAGCUGCAGUGAUGAAAACAUAGAAGUUUUCACCACCGUGAUUCCUUCCAAGGUGUCCAGUCCAGCCAGAAGAAGAGUCAGAAGCUCUCAACACCUCUUGACCAAAAAUGUGGUGAUCGAGUCGGACCUCUAUGCGCCCCGGCCCCUGGAGCUCCUGCAGCACCGCAGUGACCGCCUUGAGGGCGAGGGCUGCAGGGCAGGCCGGUUCCAGCACACAUGGCAGCAGGGACCCCACCCUGCCAAGGCCCCUGCCAGACCUGGGGGCAUUUCUGAACCCAAAUCAUCAAAUCUGUGUGGGAAUCGAGCAUAUGGAAAAUCUUUGCAGAUUCCCCCGGUGGCCCGGAUCUCAGUGAAAGCCCCCACUGUGCUGGAAGCAGCAGCCACAGGCUCAGAGAAUGGAGCUGUCCUGACAAGAGGAUCCAGACAUCUUAAGAAGAUGACUGAAGAGUAUCCCACCCUUCCCCAGGGAGCAGAGGCCUCCCUGCCACUGACAGGAAGUGCUUCCUGUGGUGUCCCCAGCAUCCUCCGGAAAAUGUGGACAAGGCACAAGAAGAAGUCUGAAUACGUGGGAGCUACCAACAGCGCCUUUGAGGCCGACUAAAGGUGAUCCUCACCAGGUGCCCUGUGUUGGCCAAAGUUCACUGCGCAAGAGGAGAAAACGUCUGGGUUGGAACUGAGCCACAGUCACCUGUGCUAGAAGCUGGUCCAAACCCAGCAUCUUCCCUUACAAACAGAUCACCCAGCUUAGGAUGCAGGAAAGGAACUUCCUUUGAAGGCAAAAGAAAAUUGCUCCUUCUUAGAACUAUAGAGCCAAUGUCUGAAAGUGACUUUGGGAGGUCAUCACAUUUAUAUCAGUAUCUCUUAGCAACACUACAUCCAAAUCAACUUUCCAAGCCCAUUUUAAAGAUCUCCAAGCAAGGAAGCAGGCAGUUUUCCUUGUGAGUCAUUCUAAUGUGUGUGAUUUCUGGUAUAAAUGUCAGAGCUUGAUGUUUGAAGCACUUGUGAACACAGUGGCUCUUACUGUUCCUCUUAUCACAUUUAUUUCAUCUUGAUGAGGUAUGAUUUUUAAUGACACAGCACUAUAUAUUGACUUAAUAGUUCUAAUAUCCCCUUGAGAGUAUCGUCAGUAUUGGUUUUGAUGCCCAUUUGGCAUGAAUGCAUGAAUUCUCAAUUCUUUUAUGUGCAGUUUUUCUUUAGGAAAAAAUGAUUAAAAAUUAAAUGUUGAAUGCUCAUGUUUUCUGAAGAGGCAUAGUCUAGUGGAAUUAAUAAUCUUUGCUUUGGUAUAAUGAUUUUAACUUUUCAAAGGGCUUUCCCAUCUGUUAUAUCUUAUCUUCACAAAAUCCCUGUGAAAGAAAUCACAUAAUCAUUCCCAAGCUACUGACAGGGAAGCCAAGGCCUUGAGAGGUCGUGUGACUAGAAACAAUUGUGGAACCAGGUAUCAGGUCCUCAACUUCACCAGACUCCUUGCUUUACGUACUCUAGCAACUGAUUUGAGGAAGGUUUUGAGGGAUAGGAGUUUAUCUCUGGAUAAUUCAAUCUUUGAAGGGAAGAAUUGGAUAACGUUAGAAGAGUAAAUGAUUUGAAUAAAAUACAUCAUUAGAUAUUAGGUUGAACCAGAAGAAACUGCCAUUUUGUAGGUCAGAAGAAUUGAUUAUACAUUUCAUAAGGUUCAACAUAAUAUGUAGUAUUAUGCUUUCCUUCCUUCAAUGGAAAUGUCAUCAACUCCACUGUCAACAUCCGUAGCCUUAAAAUGAUAUGAUAAUAAUAGCCAUCAUUUAUUAAAUGCCUACUAUGUACCAAGAAUGACACUGAGCAUUUUACAUACAUUAUCCAAGUCUUUCUAACAACUCUUAUAUGACUUUACCUAUUUAAUACAACACAGUUUAAAACAGUUAAAUGAUUGAUUCGUCUGAGGGCAAUUAACCCAUAUGAAUGCCAGGCUUCAAUGCUCCUGGUAUGUCUGCUCCUUCCCACAGAAUAGUUUACAGCACAGAGAAGGAUCAAGAUUAGUAAACAAUUUUCAUCUCGAAUGCUAAACACAAUUGAUGGCAGAGCCUAACUGGUGUGCUGUGUGGAGAUGGAGUCUGAGAUAAAGGAAUGCAGUGAUCAAUUAGUAAUGCCUGCCUAUGGGGAAAUUAAUGGAAAAUGCCUGGUGUAUUUGUUAUCUGUAGCCUCCACUCUGCCCCUAGAAGGCUUGUUUUCUAAUUCAGAAGCUUAAAUUAAUCCAACCCAUUAUCAAAACCAGAGACUCCAUGGUGAAAUUUAGUCUGAGACUAGGCUGAAAAUCACCAUAUCUUGGUACAAAGAAUUUGGCCACAUUACCAGUCUCAGAUACAACUGUUAUUCAUACACUGUUGCUCUGUGGUCUCAUGUUGCUUUUUGCUAAGUUACCUAUUUCCGUAUCUCUAGGUGAACUGUAAAGAGACUUGGGGGAUAGGAGGCCUGUGCUUCUGGGCGUUCACUUUGCUGAUCUCUGCCCUUCAACCAUUCUAGACCCUCAACACCCAGUCCUUGUACUUGAACAUGAUUUGGAGGUUUGAGCGUCAAAUGUUCUUUCAGUGAAGGCCUAGUCUCAAUAGACUGUCUAACAGACCUACACAGUAUGAAACAAAGUUAGGGAGCUAACAGGUGAUCUAUGCUGGACCUAUCAGAGUAUCCUAAGACUAUUUAUUUUAAUUUAUUUAAUUUAUAACUGAUGUCCUCUAUUUGUAAGUGGCUGAUGAAGACCUCUGUAGGGUGGAACUUAUUUAUUAUUAAUUUAAAUAUUUCAUGAUGAAGUGUUUGCCUUGUAUAGACUAUUUUAAUUCACCAAUUCAAAUAAAAACAAAAUGUGC